AUGAAUGUUGAAGUGAAUGGCAGCGGCAAGGGAAAGGGAGGAGCUGGAGAGGAGGUCAUGGAAGGAAUUGGCUCCGGAUUUGUCUGGGAUGAAUACGGUCACAUUGUCACCAACUACCAUGUGGUUGCCAAGCUGGCGACUGACACUUCUGGGCGGCAAGCCUGCAGGGUGUCUCUUCUCGCCCCAACAGGCGCCAUGCAGACGUACGCUGCUACUCUUGUCGGCACUGACCCCUCCAGAGAUCUUGCUGUACUCAAGGUAGACCUAUCUCAGCCUGUACCUGCAGCAGCGGAUACAGGUGCAGCAGCAGACGGUGCAGUGGCGGUAGCAGCACCAGCAGCACCGAUGCUGUAUCCCAUUCCUGUGGGCUCAUCAUCGGACCUGAGGGUGGGCCAGAGCUGCUUCGCCAUUGGCAAUCCCUAUGGCCUGCAGCACACACUCACUGCUGGGGUCAUCAGUGGGCUAGGCAGGGAGAUUCCGGCACCAACGGGUGCUGCGAUCAGGGGAGCGAUUCAAACUGACGCUGCAAUCAACGCAGGUGAGACGCUCAGUUGUGACAUGCGAGGAGGUGGGGAGAGCGGGGGAAGGAAGGAGGGGAUUAGAGUGGGAGGUUUCGACUACUGCUGGCAUCAGCUUGACCAAUUCCUGCACCGGUUUAUGUGA